AUGUCAUCAUCGUCUAAAAGAGAACUUGAUUGUAAUGGUAAUCCUUGUUCCAUGUGCGGUCAUUGUCGUGAUUGGAAGCACAAUGGUCGUAAUUGGUAUCGUGCUCCAAAUGCCACUUUUGAUGAUUAUCGUUAUUGGCAUUAUGUAAUUUAUCGUCAUCCUUCUGCUUUUCAACGUGGUAUUGGUGAUCGUCUUAUUUCUCAUUAUUUUCAUCGUGGUCUUGGUGGUGGUAUUGCUAUUUUUGACAGUCCGAGUCAUGCUGACUAUCAUAAUUUAUAGUUUGGUCAAAUACCUGAUAAUUAA